AAUUAAAUUUACUGAAAAAGGUGAAAUUGUACUGACAAUUUCAAUGUUGUCACAAGAUAUUGAAGAAAACAAAAUGAAUAAAAGUGGAAUUCUGUUAAUUGAAUUAUAUGACACUGGUAUUGGCAUGAAUCCUGAAUAUAUACAACAUGCCUGGGAAAGUUUUUCACGAGGUGAUAUGUCAAUAACCAGGAAGCAAGAUGGUAUUGGACUUGGUCUUUCAAUUUGUAAAAGUCUAGUAGAAAUUAAUGGAGGAGAAAUUAAAGCAGAAAUCCAAUUAGGAGAAGGAAGUACAUUUUGGUUUACAUGGAGUAUUGAACUAUUAUCAUCAAUGACACCAACUAUUUCAAAACUUCCAACUUCCUCGUUAUUAGAGACUAUGAGAAACUCAAUGAUAAAAUAUUUUAAAAUUGCUGAUAAAGUUGAUGCAUUCGAUGCCUUUGACGAAGGUAUUAAAGCUGCUCAAACAUAUAAAGAAUUGCAUAAUCAAUCAGCUUAUGAUAUAGCAUUCAUUGGCCUUUAUGAAAAUAAUGAAGAAGAAGUCAUGAAAGCAUCAUUAAAGUUAAAGGCAUUGGAUAUGGAUAGUAAUAGAUUAAUUAUAAUUUUUAUAGUAUUUCCGAGUAAUGAAGGAAAUGGGUUGGCAAGAAAAUUAAUUAGAAAGCUUGGGAAAAUUACCUCUGUUAUUUACACUCCAAUUACAUUAAAAAAGUUAAUUAAUCAAAUUAUUCAUCUGGAAAAAAAUAUUACAACUGAUAAAAAUACAAAUAUUCUAAAGCGAGUAGCAGAUUAUGAACUUUAUAAGAUUGGAGAUGCGAACCAAGGUAUAUAUGAGGACGUAACUGAAAGAGAUUUUGGGAGAAAAUGUGAUAAUGAUUCUAUAAGCUUAGAGAACACAUUGCAACAAAUUUCGAAACUUGGUUAUUCAACAGUCUCUGCAGCAAAUGGUCAAGAGGCAGUUAGGUUGAUUGAUUCUAAUGUUAAAUUAUCAAAACAUUCGUACUCGAGUUCAUUCAAUUCAGAAAUAAAUCAAAUAAAAUUUUGCAGAAUAUCAUUAAUAUUAACUGAAUGUAAUUUGCCAAUAAUGUCAGGGUAUGAUGUUUCACGAGCAAUUAGAGCAAUGAGGACACCAAUCUCAAAUAUUCCGAUUAUUGUUCUAACAACUUUAUCCGUGGAAGAAAUACAACCCGAAUGUAUCGAGUCAGGAAUAAAUGAUUAUCUUGCAAAACCACUGAAAGCUGAUAAACUUGAAAAGGUUUUAACUAAGUGGAUUG